AUGUGGGUAUUUUUUUAUGUGUUAGCCAUUCAAAAUUUUUGUGAAAUUAUACCAUUUAUCAAUAUCGUUUUUAAGGAAGAACAAUUAUAUCUAGUCCAUGUGGUUAGACCAUAUGGUGAUGAAUGCAGCCAAAGGAUUAACAUUUCGGACCACAACUGCCAUAGAAUCGUCAGUUGA